GGCGUUUAUACUGCCGAGUUGAAAACUGUCCCACACGGUUGACAGUUGCUGGAAGAACAAAAUUCCACCAAUCGGGAAAGAUAAGAAGCGGUCGACACUCGUUGCCCGUAGAUAAAAGACCAAUUACGCUUCGUUCGCUUUCCCGUUUCCCAGUGUGCCUUUUGAGGAAUGGAAUUUACCGGCAAAGUGGUGCUGAUUACCGGGGCAUCUUCCGGCAUCGGUGAGGGUACGGCCAUCUAUUUCGCCAAGCUUGGUGCGUCGCUCGCGCUUACGGGACGCAACGAGGCCAAUCUGAAGAAGGUGGGCGAUGCGUGUGAGGAAGCUUCGAAGAACAAACCGCUGCUCAUCGUCGCGGACGUCACGAAGGAGGAGGACAAUAAGCGCGUGCUGGACGAGAUUGUCGCCAAGUACGGAAAGUUGGACGUGCUGGUCAACAAUGCCGGCAUACUGGGCAAUGGAUCGAUCGAGAACACGAGCUUGCAGCAGUACGACGAGCUGAUGAACACGAACGUCCGCGGCGUGUAUCAUCUGACCAUGCUGGCGGUCCCGCUGCUGAUAGCCACCAAGGGCAACAUCGUGAACCUGUCGAGCGUGGCCGGAAACCGAUCGUUCCCGGGCAUUUUGGCGUACAGUAUGUCGAAGGCAGCCAUCGACCAGUUUACGCGCUGCACUGCACUGGAGCUGGCCCCCAAGCAGGUUCGCGUGAAUGCCGUCAAUCCGGGUGUCAUCAUUACGGACAUUCACAAGCGCGGUGGAAUGGAUGAGGAAGCGUAUGCCGCCUUCCUGAAGAAAUGUGAACAAACGCACGCCCUGGGACGUCCGGGUGUGGCGGAAGAGGUCGCCAGCACUAUUGCCUUUUUGGCGUCGGAUAAAGCCAGCUUCAUCACCGGUGUCACGCUGAACGUGGACGGCGGAAGACACGCCAUGUGUCCUCGGUAAAGCGGAACUAAGGGCGACACAGUAUACUUUCAAUCAUUCGAACGGUUUUAUUCGAAGUAAAACACUUUUAUCACUGUAUCAUAA